AUGAUAGCACGCGGAUCUCCAGAUGGCACAGAAAUUGUCAAGGGACAAACGGUCUCCGAGGUUGGAAUUUGGGGAAAUCGAAUCGGAGAUAAACAAAUCACACCGGAACCCGAGUGGGGUGAGGAAGAUCGAUACAUGGUUGGAGAAAAACGACCAGUUAGAGAUGUUGUUCUCGGAUCCGGUCACGGGCAUAUCAUGGGAAUGGCUGUAACUCGUGGAAAAGGGCGUGCGGUUGCUAUGAUUGGAGAGAGAUGGAUGCGUGAGCUGUUCACAGCCCCCUAUUUGGCAAACUUCUCAGUGAAUUUGAAGAACUUUUUGGGACAAGGUGACCAUCCGGAAUUUCGUUGGGCAAAUGAGGACUACAAACCGGGAGAUAUCGUUCUUGUCAAACGCAGCAUGCACUUUAAUGUAACUAAACUUGCCAAAGCAGUUAUGGAGGGAGUGAAUGGAGUGGUCAUAUCAUACUUGGGUACUUUGGGUACACUUGGACAACACAACACUCUGGACCUUAUGAGAGCAUUGAACAUCCAAAUUUACUACAGUAUAUACGGCUAUGUUCAAGACGCGAAAGUUGACUUAACCAGUCUCAUAUACUCGGCAAGUGCAUACGUCAACCCCGGAGAAGUGUUCAAAUGGCGUGUCAAAAAUUCUACUGACAAAGUUGACAAAUUCUUUUUCACAUUCAGCUGUCAAUCGGAUGACAUCAGUAAAGUGAAUCCUUGGAAACGAUGGCCGGUAAUCAAACAUGCUCUGCAACUCCGAUCGGAGGGCAGUUAUGCUACACCAACUGGUGGUAUACUUCUCAUGCGCAUAGACGCAGAUAAUAUUGGUAUCACUCUGGAAUUGGAAGACGUGUACCGACAUCCAUGGUUUGAUUUACGAAACCAAUCAGCUAUUGAUGAUUGGGAUAAUGAGCGUUUACGUCACAACCUUGUCCCGUGGACGAUGUUCUUCGGAGACAUCGUAUUUUCAUGUCUUCAAACUAAAGCUGUUGUGAAACUGAACAAAGAUGAUAUGGUAUUUUUGCAAACCUAUAUGGAUAACGUGGUGAAGAUCAUGCACAACUUUCGUGGAUCAGACUGGACAACUGCUGGAAUCGAAGUAUUUGCCGUUGAUAUUCAAAUAGCAGCCGGUUGGGGACACUCGGGUAUGCCUGUCUUGGGACACCUCCCAUGGCAAGACUCGUCGACGGAUAUAAAAGACAUAAAGAAAACAUCUAACAUUGGUAUAACACACGAAUUCGGUCACAAUUUGCAAAACUGGGCUGCGACUCUCAAAUGGGGAACCGAAGUGACCAACAAUGUAUAUCAUUUUAUAGUUCGUGGACAUUUGGUCAAUCUGACCGCCUACGGUUUCAAUGUUUCUUGGGCGUUUGGCUGGCACGAAGUUAAACAAGUUAUUGAUAUUUGGAAGGGAACAGAUUACAAUGGUGUAAACUUGGGCUAUUACAACUGGCUUGGAAUGCUGUUCGGUGAAGGACUUCUGGUUAAUUUGUGGCAUGAAACAUUCCAUAACAGAAACUCCCUCAAUUCAGAAGAAAAGAAAGUUAACUUUUGGCUGACCAAAAUGUGCAGUGAGACCGAGCAUAAUGUGAUACCGUGGCAGGAGUUGUGGAAUUUCCCCAUCGACAACAAUACUCGGACGGAAUGUGCCAAGUAUUCUUGUUAUUUCCCGGACGAUGCACUCACACAACAAGUACCAGAUAUUGUAGAAAAAGCCAUCUCCAAGGUGCCAGGUGGGUGUGUUCGAACUCCAAAAAAGCAGGUUGCCAGCAAACAUGAUAUCUUCAAGGGUCUGUAUACCCACGGCCAACCAUGGUUCAGUUUCCUCUAA